CUGUGAAGAAGCAGCCGGAGCGACAGACUGUAGGCUAAGUUUGUCCGCCCUGGCUUCCCAUCACAAGUCGACCGGGCUUUGUUUCAUUGAAGAAUAACAACCGUCGGUUUAGCUUUAAAAUUCACGCCAAAAGUUGAGGCGUUAGAAACCGUCAAGCACGUUCUUGACAUUCUGGGUAAUUUGUAGAGACACAGGAGGAAAAAAAGAGACAGAGGGAGGGAGAGGGAAAGUGCGACGUUGCGGACGUCUCUAAAGUUGACACUCCGCUGUCAUGUUUGGUACGUUAACUUGUUGAAUAGGCUGCUUGGUGUAAGUUACACACACAACGCUGGAGUUUGCGUGGGCAGCCUGCUGGGAACAGGGUCUUCUCAACCAUGAGGCAGUGACAUAACUGAGACAGUGAUGGCAGAGCUGGAAAUUGACCAGUCCAACCUUCCACGUGUCCAAGAAGUGUGCCAGUGUUUUGCUGUGCUUGAGGAUGGAGCGUUGGCACACAACCUGCAGGAGCAGGAGAUUGAGCAAUACUAUACCACCAACAUUGAGAAGAACCAGCUAGUGCAGAAUGACAUCCGUGUAGCCAAAAUGCUUCAGGAUGAGGAAGAGGAGCAGCGGGCCCAGCAGAGCGCCCUCCUCAGACAGGCUUCCAGACAACUAGAGGAGGAAGACUUUGAGUAUGCUCGUAUAAUUCAGGAGGAGCUCCAACGUUGUGCUGAGGAGGCCCAGAAGAGGGAGCAGGAUGAUGAGGAAAUAGCUAAACGACUGCAGGAAGAGGAGGAGCAGAGAAUCAGGAGGAGCAGAGGGCAGGAAGGCCAUUGUGAAGGCAGCGCCAGUGAUCCAGCACUGCCAUCCCCACACCACCACACACUCAGCAGCCUUCACCAAGGAGAGGAGCAGUACUCAUCUACCACCACCAGGUGGCAAUGUUCUACCUCUCUCAACCAUUCAGACUUAACUGAGCUUAAUGCUAACUCCCCCAGGGGGGUUGCAGCUCAGAGAAACACAACUUCAUGGUCAAAUCAAGGACACACACACUUUAGGGAAAUCAAGAGUGAAUUGAGAGAGCCUUUGAGUGAGGAUUCUGAGGACUCAGACACAGUUUUCUCUGAACAGCUCUCUGUCUUAUUACUCAAUGAAAGAUUCAACACGGCACCUCCUCAGCGGGGGGCAUCUUUACAUCAGCCGCAAGAGAGAAACUACAGGAGUCUUUCCUCUGGCAGCAGCCGCACAGAUAAGCUCAGAAACUGGGAGGAGGAGAGAGGACAGCAGGAUGAGGACUAUUAUGAAAAUGUUGACCUAGAUAAGAGGAGGCCUAGGUAUUCGGAUCUGGAAAGCAACCAAGAGGAGUAUAAGGGUUUGCACAAGAGCAGAUAUCAGGAUAGAUAUUCUAGGUUAGUCGAGGUAAGAGAAAUACAACGUAGUCGCAGUGAAUCUGUCAGGCUACAUGACAGGAGCAGGCAGAACAACAGAGACCUAGUGAGAACUUGGAGCUAUAAGGGCAACCCGGACAAACGUGUCAGAAACUACAGAAGUCUCUUUGAGGAGGAAAGGGGAAAACAGGAUGAGGACUAUUAUGAAAAUGGUGACCUAGAGAAGAGGAGGCCUAGGAUUUGGGAUCAGGAUAGCAACAGUGGAGAAGGGUGUGAGGGUUUGCACAGGAGCAGUGAUCAGGAUAGAGACUCUAGGUUAGUCGGAGUAAGAGAAAGGCGACAUAGUCGAAGUGAAUCUGUCAGGCUUCAUGAAAGCAGCAGGCAGAGCAACAGAGACCUAGUGAGAACUUGGAGCUAUAAGGACAACCCUGACAAACAUGUUCGUUUUCAGGAGAACACCAGGAGCUCUAACAAGCAGCAGGCUGAUAGAAGCGGAGUCUGGGAGAUGCUAGGCCAGGUUCUCAUAGAGAGGGGUGUGCCUGUGAGGUUUGGCAGCAAUGGGGCGCCACUGCAAAUACAGCUUCAAAGCAGAGACAGCCAGGUGCUUCACGGGAGCGAGGUCUCCUACGGCGACUCCCAACCACAUCAGAGAGUUUUCCAGAGAGCUGCCUCCACCAGGAAGAGUUUCCAUGGAGAUAUCGGGGAGGGGAGGAGAUAUUCAUACAGAGAGAACAGUGGGAGAGAUCACAGAGAAGACCGAGACAGGCACCGUAUUAAUGUGGAUGAUGGAGAGGUUUAUGAGAUUAGCAGUAGAGGCUCAUAUCUUGCUAACUGUGAAAGGCGAGGCAGUAGAAGGUGGAGUGGGCACAGAUGCUCUAACGAUGACGAGAGGGAGAGGAAUGCAGAUGAUUGCAGGUUCAAGAGGACAACAAGCAAACAAAGGCAUUGGCACAAGACCAUAGAAGAAAGGUUAAGCUCAGAGGAGGAGCCGGAGAUGGAGAGGAGAGGAGAGACGCUCCACCGAAGAGCCCCACGGCGUAGCCAAAGCCUCAGCAGCAGCGGGACUUCUUCCAGAGAUAGGUCAAGGCACAUGGCAGCAGGAGUGUCAUUGGAACCAGAGCCGGGAGAGCCAAGCCUGGACAUGGUGGAGCUGCAGCAGGUCCUACAGGAUGAAGAACUGGCUCACAAGCUGCAGGAGGAAGAGGAGAAACUGUUGAGGAGGAGCUCCCAGCACUCUCCAUGUAGGGCUUAUUCAGAGAGAGACUUCAGAGUAGCACAAGUGGCGCAGGAUGAGGAAAUUGCACGUUUUAUGCAGAAGCAGGAAAUGAAGUCAAAGCGUCGAUCACGCGAGUUAGAAGGGCCAGCAUCGUGGCGCGAGCACAGAGCGAUGAUCAGUCAUCAUGACAGACGAGCUGCAAGAGACAGACAGGUCCAACGAGAGAGACUUGACUCAGAGGGCCUUCCUUCCCCCACUGAGGACUGCUCCCCAGGCAAUCAGUCACCCAGCCCCGACUCCACUUUACCACAAGUCCAGCAGAUCAGAAACAUUGCGGAAGAGCUUGACCCGACCUUCCAAGCCAGGAGGCAAGACACAGGGAGCUUCCGUGUGGGACAAACAGAACCAACCUGUCAGUCACUUCCCAUGCCGCAUUCUGGCUUACGUGACUUCCUCGAGGAGCCUACUUUCAUUCCACCCACAAAACGGCCAACGGAAAGAUCAGGACGCACAAAACCCAAAGAGAAGAAGGAAAAUUGCAAGCAACAAUAAUUUUAACACACUGUGCUUUUGGAGUCCAUUUAUAUUUUAUAACACUUUCAGUUCAGCUACAGAGUUUUCCUUACUUAGUACUUUAAGGUUGAAAAUUACAACAAUUAAGUUCUCUCUACCAGCCACUCCUACAAGCACUUUGGAACAAAGAGAAAGAAUUAAGAGAAGUGACAUUUUAAAAUAUUUCUCGAUUAAGUGGAUAAUGACAACACCAACACCUUGGACUCUUGCCUUUUAUAAUUUUAAAAGGUUUAUUGAAUUAUUGUUUGAAUUAUUCAGUGUUAAUUAGUGUUUAAUUUAAACCAUAUACAUUUUUUU